AUGUGCGGCAUAUUAGCUCUCAUCCUUGCGGAUCCCAAGGCCAGUGCCAGCAUUGAUCUCCAUGAGGCACUGUACCUUCUGCAACACCGUGGCCAAGAUGCCUGCGGAAUUUCAACAUGUGCAUCUGGCGGUCGCAUAUUCCAGUGCAAGGGAAAUGGCAUGGCCGCAAAAGUGUUCAAUGAUGGAGCCAGGGUUGCUGACCUUCCCGGGUUCAUGGGCAUUGCACAUCUAAGAUACCCCACGGCUGGCAGCAGUGCCAAUGCCGAAGCACAACCAUUUUACGUGAACAGCCCUUACGGCAUCACCUUGGCCCACAACGGCAACCUCAUCAACGCCAGCGACCUCAAGAGCUUCCUCGACUACGACGCCCACCGCCACAUCAACACGGAUAGCGACAGCGAGCUGAUGCUUAAUGUCUUCGCCAACGAACUGAACGAGACGAAGAAAGCCCGUGUCAACCACCAAGACGUCUUCACAAGUCUAAGCCGUAUGUAUGAGCGUUGCCAGGGCGGCUGGGCCUGUACCUCCAUGAUAGCCGGCUUCGGCGUCCUGGGUUUCCGCGACGCAUAUGGUAUCCGUCCCUUGGUUCUUGGCUCCCGCCCAUCCGCCACCGGAGAAGGGAUGGAUUACAUGAUGGCAUCUGAAUCCGUCGCACUGGACCAGCUAGGCUUCUCCACACUACAGGACAUCCAGCCGGGCGAGGCCGUCAUAAUCCAAAAGGGAGGCAAACCAGUUUUCCGCCAAGUCUACCCGAAGCUUAAUUAUACCCCGGACAUCUUCGAAUAUGUCUACUUCGCGCGGCCGGACUCCGUCAUCGACGGCAUCAGCGUGUACCGCAGCCGACAGCGUAUGGGCGACAAACUUGCGCAGACAAUCUACAAAACCCUGGGCGCCAAAGCCAUCGAGGAAAUCGACGUUGUUAUCCCCAUCCCCGAAACCUCAAACACAUCAGCGGCCAGCGUCGCGCGCUUCCUCGACAAGCCGUAUUGCCAGGGUUUUGUCAAGAACCGCUAUGUGUUCCGCACGUUCAUCAUGCCGGAGCAAAAGGCCCGGCAAAAGGGUGUGCGGCGGAAACUGAACGCCAUGGCCGCGGAGUUCAAAGGCCGCAAUGUCCUCCUGGUCGACGAUAGCAUCGUGCGCGGCACGACGAGUCGAGAAAUCGUCACCAUGGCCCGCGAGGCGGGUGCGAAGACGGUGCAUUUCGCCAGUUGUGCGCCGCCGAUAACUCACGCGCACAUCUACGGCAUCGACCUCGCGUCCCCCAGCGAACUCGUCGCGCACAACCGCGACGCAGAAUCCAUAGCCCGCCACAUCGGCGCGGACACCGUUAUUUUCCAAACGCUCUCGGACCUCAGAGAAGCGUGCGUCGAAAGCUCGCAGAACGACCCGACCAAGCCGCAGAACUUCGAAGUCGGCGUCUUCUGCGGCUCGUACAUCACGCCCGUUCCGCCCGGGUAUUUCGAGCACCUAGAGAAGGUGCGCGGGGAGGGGAGGAAGUUGAAGGUGGUGGAGAGCGCGAAGAAGGCGGUUUUACAGGGCGUGGCGAGCUCGACGGAUAUUCAGGUCGCGGUUAACGGGGCGGAUGUGGAUGCAUCGGGGAAGAUUGUGCCUGCGGGCAUGAAAAAUCGCGUUGCGGGUGUGAAUGGAGUGGAUUGUGCUGUUGCUGCUGGUAGUGAUGGUGGUGGUGGUGGGCAUAUUUCUCUGGAGGAUGGGCGGUCUGAACAACUGAAUGCUCAUGAUGAGGCAGACAAUCAUACACCUCAGGUUAAGGACCGGAUGGACAUUGCGUUACAUAAUUUUGGUGAUUAUUCGUAG